AUGACUCGGGGUAACCAGCGCGACACCGAUCGAGCCAAGGCCCAGAAGAAGGCUGCUUCGGCGGUGCGGUCAACCCCAGCCAAAAACACUCCCAGGCCUUUGUUCAGCGCUGACUUUUACCAGAAAUCCAAGAACACCAUGUCUGGCACCCAGUACCAGAAAGCCAAGGAGGACGCUGCCACCAUCAUGCGCGAGAAGCAGCGCAAGGGUAAGUCCACUUCAUUCCUCCGAGAGGAGAGCGCAAACUAA